UUGUGGAGUUCGUACGUCUUCCGAAAACGUACCGGGUGGCAAAAUUUUAAGCACAAAGGCGGUGAAUAAAAAUUAAUCAAAAAGUUCUUUUUUUUUCGUUCGACAAGAAUAUACAAAAUAUAUAUAUAAAAAAAAUAAAAGUGAUACAUAUAAAUAAAUGUGUAUUCUAUACACACAGUUUGUAGUAUUUAUACGUACGUAUCUGUAUGUUUGGCAUACUUGAAAAUACAAAAAAAAAAAUUAAAAAAAAAUAAACCAAAAUUAAAAUAUUUUUUUUAUAUUUUGAAAAUAUAUGUUGAAUAACAAACCACAAAAAAAUUAGAAAACUUUGAAGAGUGUAAAAAAUAAUUAAAGAAAACAAAAAAAAGUGUAGUGUUGUGACUAAAAUUAAAUAAUAAUUACAACAAUAUAAAACACACAACAACAUUUGGCCAUAACUCCAAAACUUAGGAACCUGCUACAGACCCCAAAAAGACAAAUAAUGUAAUAAAAUGGGAAAAAAUGUGUAAUAUCAACUAUGAAUGAGAAACGAACACAAAUUUGAAAUUUCACAUUUAAUUACAUAUUUUAAAAAUAACAAAGUAGCGCCAUUACACACACACAAACAAACACUCUUACAAAAAAACAAAAACAUACACACGCCUACAAGUGUAUUAAAAUAUGUAUGCAACCAUAUGAAACACCAGCUACAGCCAUCAAUGUAUGAAUAUUAUGUCUGUCAAUAUCAUUCUGACAGAUCAUUAUUAUUUUGCGAGGAUCAACAUUAACAACAACAAUAACAACAUCAUUAUCAUUAUAUCCACCAUCAUUAAUGUCAUUUGUCUGAAAUUUAAAAAUUUAUUCAAAUUCAUUUAACAAUAUUUAAGUGAAACAUCAACAAUUGUAUGACAAAUCAAAUACAAGCGAAUGAAAAAAAAAGAAAUAAAUAUAAAUAAAUAAGAAAUAAAAUUAAAUUUAUAAUACUUAAGCAGAUGAUUAAUGAAAUGCAAUAUUUAACAGUUACGUAGCAAAAUACAUAUAUUAUACAUAAAUAUUAUUUCGGUGAAAAUUUGGCAUUGUUCCGCAUACACGAGAAAAAUCACUAAAUAAAUAAAACACAACAAUAAAAUUAAAAAAAAAAAAAAAUAAAAUAAAAUACAAUAAAUAAAUUUAAAUAAAAUUAAAUACAAUAAACAUACAUAUAGAACUAUACACACAUAUAUUCACACAUACAUACAGCUACAAAUCAUCAUAGAUAUUUUAUUUAUAUACAUUCUAUAUCCAUCUUCAUAUGUAUUGUAUUUGUAUUUUCUUUUCUUCGUCAUCAUUAUCACCAUCAUGUUGCUCGUAAUUAUGUUGUUUAAAUAGAUUUUCUUCUUCAUCAUCAUCAUCAUUAUUAUCAUUCAUGGUCUUAUAUUAAUGUCUAGUUGCUGUUAAAUAUGAAUAAUGUGUGUACCACCGUAGACCAGUGUUUCGAGACCCACGUCUAUCUAUACCUUCGUAAUUUUCAAUUUGACAUCAAAGGAUUAAUAUGUCUGCAAUAAAACAACAAAUAAUUAUAAUAAUAACAACUACAAAAAUACAAUCCCAACCAAACCAAAUGAAAUUGAAAAUGUUUCUCUUAUAGAAAAAAAAACCAGCCAACGGCACCAAAUCAUAAACGUAUACAAAAUUUUCAUACUCAUUUGAACCUCCAAAGUUGAAGUGGAAAAAAAGUGAAAAAAAAAAUAAGAACUGAAAUUUCAAAAUGAUUUCAAAAUUGCUUUUCGAAAUUGAAAGAUACAUAAAUACGAACGAACGCAAAAUUUUUUCCUCAAUAUAAUAAAAUAUAGAAAAACGGGCAUUAAAAUUGUACAUGAAUUUUCCAACUUAACUUCGCACUCGUCGUAGACUCUCGAUACGAUACAGAUAUAUUCUAGUUGAAAUAGUAAAAAAAAUUAAGACAUGAAGAAAUCUAAAAUCAAAUCAAAAUAUAUUAACAUUAAAUAUUAAAACAAGAAAAAGAUUUCCUACGAAUCAAACGAAUUUUUCCUCUCAAAAUCAACAAAAACAAAAUAAAAAAAAUCAAACGAGAAAGAGAAAUACAAAAACUCCUUGCCCUCCCUCCCCCAAAUAAAACGAUUUGAAAAAUCGAAUUAAAGAAAAUAAACAAAAUUUAAUAUUAUAAGAAUAAAACAAAUUGAUACAAUGACGGUAGUGUUUCAUAUAAAAAAGUGGCUCUAUUGCAAUCAAUUUCUAAGAAAAAUUCCAAAAAUGUAUGAACGCAAUCGAUAAAUAAUCAAUUGGCAACGAGAAUUUUAAAAGAAACAAAAAAUUCCUCCCCUCCCAAAAUAAAAUCAAAUUAAAGAAUUUAAAAAUGCAGUAAAACUACAAGUGCAAGUGUUCCAAAAAAAAAAUUUUUAAAUAAAAUAAAACACAAAAAAACAUAAAGUAAAUGCAUUCGAAAAGAAUUGUUAAUAAAAUAAUAAUUAUUUUUAAAUACUCGUAUAUUAUAUAGUAAAAAAAAUACUUAUAUAAAAAAUAACCAACAAGUUAAAAAUAAAAAAAAAAAUAAUUUAUUUAAUAAACAAACAACUUUUUAAUAAACAAAUAACUUUUAAGUUUCAUAAACACAUCAAACACUUUUGAAAAAAAAUUCUACACCAAUUGCGGAAACGCCAUGAAUGCGCGAAUAUUGCGCAAAUGGAGUAUACAUACGAAAAAUCUAAUGUCUUGCUCGGUGUGCUCACUUGUGGUCGUUGUACUGCUGCUACUUGUCACAUGUGCACCAUCCCUAAUAUUGGCAACAAUGAACUUUCGUUCAGACGCAUCAUUUGCUGCUGCAAAUCCACCACAUAUGCCAAAAAAUGUAAUCAAGGAGGCAACAUUGUCGUCGUCGUCAUCAUUAUCAUCCACAUCCUCAUCAUCAGCAUCAUCAGCGUCGUCGUCGUCAACAUUAUUAACAUCGAUAUUGUCAUCAUUACCAAACAGAAAGCACAGACUGGCGUCAUCUUCCAGUGCUGUGGAAGUUGUCCAAACUGCAGACAUCAACAGAGAGCCAUUUCCGGGCUAUUACAAGAAUUACCCUGCAGAUGACACGCGGCAAUGGCCACCACAACCCGGCAGUAGUGGUGGCGUUGGUGUGAGCAGCAGCAGCGGACAUAAUAGAGGUUUUUUGUCCGCCAAUAGUAGAAGUAGACACGCAUUCAUUGAUAAUAAACAGCAGUUAUACAGCAAUAAUGACAAUCUAGGCUACAUGCUCCCACUAAGAGGGUGGCCUAGACACCACACACCUACACCACAGGCCACAGUCGAUGAUGGUGAUGACUCGUAUAACGAUGACAUCAAACCAUCGUACACUGACAAAGUUGCUGGUGAUGAUGAGUAUAUAGAAGAGGAUGAUAAAGUUGCUGCUGAUAGAAAGGUGUUGUAUGUGAGAAAUGGAAAUGGUCCACAACAAAUACCAAGCAACUUAAGAAGCAGCUAUGCAACAACACCAAAUCUUAACUUUCCAUUGCAACAACCACAAUCACAACAACACCACCAACAGCAAUAUUAUAAUGUUAGAAGAAUGGAAGAGGAUAGAACACAUCAUGUUGCACCAUCUCCUCUAACACUACAUACCCUAACAACACCAACAAAAACACUCUUGCAACUACAACGAACAUCACGAACAGCAUCAACAUCAACAACAGCCCAUCUAAAACAACCAGAACUGAUACAUAGUAAUAUUAAUAAACUUAAAAACGUAAAAAACAUAUUUUCAACAACACACAAUAAAACGCUGCAGCCGGGAGGAGAAGCUAAUGUUUUCGGCAUUGAUAACACAAAUGUAAACAAAAUUAAGACAUCGUCAGGCUUGCCGCUACGCUUCAUUAUAGAAUCCUAUGAGGUGCCUGCCUCAUUGCCAUUGGCAAGAGAACUAACAGAACAGCAGCGUCGCAUGCUGAUACACGAACAACAUCUAAAGCAAUUGCGUACAAUGCAACAGCAGGCGGCCCGUAGUAGACGCGAUUCUCUACGUGGUCGUUAUAAGAAAUAUGAAAACGAUCUGCUAACAGCAUCCUCAUCUACAACUUCAUUGUCAAGCUUACGUAAGUCUCCUUCACCCCACAACUUGAGACAACAUCAACACCAGCAUCAACAUCAUCAGCACCAACAACAGCAACGCAUGCGCAAACAUUCAAGGCGCUAUUGCUCUGCAAGAGAUCCCGCCCAAUUGGCAUUUGAAGCGCCCACCGUAUUCGAGGGCAAAAUUGUGUCAAUGACACCCGAUCGUAGGCAAAACUUUUCGGCUACUGUCGAAGUUAGGGAGGUGUUUAAACAGCAAAUCGGUUAUCGUUUGCAAAAAUAUUUACGUUUGCAAUUUGCUUAUCGUAAUAAUAGCGGUGAGUGCGAUAUUUAUCGUGAACAGCUGAGACCAAGAGGUCUAGUACGUGGUGAUACUAUCGAACCGGGACGCAUGUACUUGCUGUUUGUCCAGCAAAUAGACAUUGGCAACUUUACAAUACUGGGCCAGCCUAUAAGGAAGACAAAACGUGUCGUUGAGGCAGUACGUUACGCAGUGAGUGGAAACUAUGCACAGCUUGCUUCUAUAAAAUCAAUAUCAGCCAGUAAUCGUACUGUGGAAAAUGGCCAAGAAUUGAGAAUUGUUUGUAAAGUUACUGGACGACCACCACCCAAAGUGACAUGGUUUAAGGAUCAUCGAUCAAUAAAUCGCAAUCGUAAACUGUAUCAGUUUUCUCACUAUAAAAAAAGAUCUGAACUUAUUAUACGUUCUUUUAAUACCUCAGAUGCUGGUCGUUAUGAGUGUCGAGCAAAAAAUAAGGUUAAUCGUAAUAUAGAACGCAGAGCAAUCGUAAUUAAAGCGUAUCCAGUACAACGUUUUGAUCCCAAUCCCCGAGGUACAGGCAAUAAUUGUCCGGAUGAUGCCUCCGAGUUCUGUUUUAAUGGCGGAACUUGUAAAUUCUUUUCAGAAAUCGGUUCCUAUUCCUGCAUAUGCCCCGAAGGCUUUAUUGGUGAAAGAUGCGACCGCAAAGAAGUCAACAAUAUGCCCCCUAAUUUUAUGUUGCAAUCUACGGCCAAAUACACACCUUUGAUAAUUUAAACUACUACUACUUAGUACUACUACUAUUACCACUACUAUUUACUGUUAUAUUUUUUAUUGGUUUCAAAUUAUUAUCAUUAUUUUUUUGUAAUUACGUAGAGUUUUUCUUAUAAAGCCGCAAUUGUUAUAGUUGUUAAAUUGAAAAAAAAAAAUAUAUCAAAAGAAAUGUAUAUGUAUGUAUAUUUUGCCAACAGGGAGAAAAUUUUAAAUAAUCCUAUUUUUUAUAAAAAACAAAUAAAAAAUUUUGAAAUUUUUGGCUGGAAUACUUAAGGAGUUUUAAAAAAUUAUCAAAUAAUCAUUCUAAUCACUCAUUCUAAUCACUCAAAAAAAGUUUUCGGCCCCUAAAUGUUACAUUAAUAUGACUUUCAUAACUAUUAUGUAAAGUUUCUUUCGAUUAAUGUAACUUUUCAUUGCAUUAAAGGUUUCAUUGAGCAAACGAAGUUUUUUUCUUUUAGUGUAGACAAGCAUAAAGCAGCAAAUAAUCAUUCUUAUCAUCAAACAAUAGGCCUUAAAAGUUGCAUUAUUAAGACUUUCAUAACUAUAAUGUAAAGUUUCAUUCGAUAAAUGUAACUUUUCAUUGCAUUAAAAUAUAUUAAAAAAUAGGCCUUAAAAGUUGCAUUAUUAAGACUUUCAUAACUAUAAUGUAAAGUUUCAUUCGAUAAAUGUAACUUUUCAUUGCAUUAAAGGUUUAAUUGAGGAAACAAAGCUUUUUUCUCUAAGUGUAAAUAAGCAUAGAGCAACAAUUUAUCAAAAGUUUCUAUCGAUUAAUGUAACUUUUCAUUGCAUUAAAGGUUUCAUUGAGAAAACGAAGUCUUUUCUCUUAGUGUAAACAAGCAUAGAGCAACAAAUAAUCAUUCAUAUCAUCAAAAAAUACGCCACAGACCUUAAUUGUUGCAUUAUUAUGACUUUCGUAACUAUAAUGUAAAGUUUCUUGUGAUUAAUGUAACUUUUCAUUGCAUUAAAGGUUUCAUUGAGGAAAAGACGAUUUUUCUCUAAGUGUAAACAAACAUAGAGCUACAAAUUUGUUAUAGUAAUCGACUUCAUUCGGAAUAUAACAGAAAUUUGUUUGUAUCAACCUUUAAUCAUCUUAAUUAACUAAAUAUUUGAUUUGCAAUAAAUUUUGUAAAAAGAAUUAAAAAAUUUGUUAAAGAUCUUGGUAAAUGGAAAGUGCUCCAGAACUUGAAAAUAAAACCAAUUGUAAUGGAAUUAUUGACAGCUUUGGGGUUAUAAAAUUUCAUGAUCAAAAUAACUCGCCCACUUAUUAGUUACAAAUUUAUCACUUAAAAUUGUUCGUUUUCUUUUAAUAAAAAUCUAUUUCUUUUGUACUGACCACCCACUAACAAAUGAUUUUUCUUUAGUUCUUAUUGAUUUAGAAAUAAAACUAAAUUUAUUACAUUAUUUACAAGUAAAUCAAUAAUAAUUCGAAAUAAAAAGAAAAGACAAUUUCCGUUAAAGUGGGCGAGAUUUUUUAUUUUUCUAAACUUAUCCAUUUUAAAGUUAAAUUUUUCUUGAAAAGAAAGAUCUCCAUAUAAGAAAUAUUUAUCAAAGUUUUCUAAAAUGUUUAUACAAGUGUCAACUUAUGUCGUCAUCGUAAAAAAUGAUCUGAGUGAUUCGUGUUUCGUGUUUUCUCUGAGAAUAAUCAAUUUUGUUUCUAGCCUGAUUUUUGAAACUCUGUUCACUCCAAACUUCAAGAAACAGAUUCGUAAAUCUUAUUUUAUAGAGAUUUAAUAGAAAAUUCAGUAUUUUGAAGCGAUCACUUGAUGCUAGGCUUCGGCAAAGAGAGAGAAAUAGACUCUGGUUAUGUGAAAGCAAGAGAACUCAUUUCAAAUUUCCAGUAACAGAUUGAAAAGACAUUUGCCUUAAUUUUUUAAUCAAUGUAUAAAGGUCAAAAGAAACUGUACUCGAAACGAUUCUCGAAUUAUUCGAAUGUCAUCAAAAUUCUUUGUUUUUCAUAAUAAACCAGAAGAGAUUCUAAAAUAUGAGAGAGUGUAGACAUACUCGUAUUUUUUCGAACUCUUUAAAAAUUUGCUCGAAAGUUCAAGCUCGCACUGACGGACUCAUGAAGCGGAAUUUGAAGGGAAAAAGAUCACAAUUUGUUAAAGAGAAUCUACUAGAAUAUAGUGAAACUUUCCUAAUGAUCUUUCAAUAUAAAUAAUAAUGAUAUUUUCUAUCACUAAAGUCGAAAUUGUUUCCUAAGUAAAUGAAAAAUAAGAGACGAACAAGAGAUCGGUAAAAAUUUUGAUGAUCGGCUCAAUUGUUAAGAUCAUGCAACAUGAAAUGUAUCUAAACGAGACAUUAAAAGAAAAAUUUUAAAAUUUUUCUGUAUUUUUGGACCAAUUUAUAUACAAGGUUCUAAUGUUAAAAACCUCGUGAGAAUAAAACAUAUAGAAUGGAACGGACUUAAAAUAAAGUUGUAAGAUUUCAGAUUCUUACUUUUAUCAUUCUCAAUUGAUAGUUGGAAUAUGAUCAAUUACUCAAUAGCAUUUGAAUGGAAAUUUCAAUACCUUUACAAUAAUAUAAAUUCGAUCAAAAUAAUUAUCGGAACUCUUCAACUAACUUCAACAUAGUUUUCUUAAAUAGUAUUUUAUUAGAUCAUAUUUAAUUUAUUAAUUGGUUUACAAAAUAACAAGUCUAUCAAAAUACCUGAGUAAACAAAUUCCUCAUUCUGAGGAAAAUGUAAAAAUAUAAAUCCAUCAACAAUAGUUUAUUUAUCUUUUUUUUCUUGAAACUGCGCAUGUUAUUCCAGCCAAAAAAUUUCCAAACAAAAUUAUUUGAAAUUAAAAUUGCAUCACUUCACUACUUAUUUAUUUAAUUUUUUUAUUUUUGAAUUUUCAAUUUUGUUAGUAUUAUAAAUAUUACAAAGUGUUAAUGUUUUGUUUUUAGUUUUUUUUUUUUUUUUUAAUUAAAUUUUAACAUUUUUAUUUGAUGUUUUAGUUGUAAGUUUGUAAAUUUUAAAUUGUAUUUUAUAAGUAUGUACUUAAGUAUGUCCAAAUACACACACACUCAUUCACUCACUUUUUCACACACACAAUCAUACACUUAAACCACUUCAAUACAGAAAUGUUUGAAAAUUUAUUUUAAAUCAAAUUUAAUUUAUAGUUUUUAAAAAAACUCAAAAAAAAAAACGAAAGAAAUUUAAAACAAACAUUAAGCAUUAAGAAAAUAAAAUUACACAUAUAUACACACACACAUACAAUUCAUACCAAAAAUGUAAUUAUAAUUAAUUAGUUACUUUUUAAAUUGUAAAUUUAAAAAAUAAACAUGAUUUUAAAAAGAAAAAAAAUCAAACAAUAGUUAUUAAAAAAAGAAGCUUUUUUUUAUUUUUGAAUUGAAAAUAUUUGUUUAACUAAAGAUUGUAUUGAGAAUCUCAAAAAUUGAGAUUUAUAUUUAUUUUUAUUUUAAUUAUUAUUUAAUUAAUUAAUAAAUUAAUUAACAUUUGUUAAUAUUUGUAUUGUAUUCUUUUUUAAGUUUUAAACACAAUUUAAAAAAAAAUCAAAUCACCCCCUCCACACCCUUUCUCACACACACAUACACACGAAAUGCCCACUUUUUUUAUUUGUUAGUGUUAGUUAUUUUUUUCUAGUUGUUUAAGUUUGUAAAUGUAAAUUAUUCGAUAAUAUUUUUAACAUAUUUUUAUAUAAAAAAACACAUUAAAUGGUAAAAUAAAAGCAUGUCAUAUAUGUAUUUAUUAUAAAAAAUCCUGUCUGAACAAGGAAAAGAUUUGAAAAAAAAA